AUGUUUGCAGCUACGAAUUUAGCGAAGAGCCUUGGUGAAGUGUUUAAAAUGGAUGUGAUGUACGUUAGGACGGAUUCAGCUGCAAAAGAAGAUAUGGAACUAAAUCAUGGAGUCAAGACUGCUCUACAAUCUUGUUUCAAUAGAAACCUAACUUUCCUCGUAACUAAACCUCGUGCUUUGAAAGAGCGUAAAGUUGGCACCAUCUUAGAAGAAUUGGAGAAUCUAUCUCUGGACAUUCAAGGGUUGAAAUUCGUGAAGCUUUCUGACUAUCCUUCGAACAAUAAAUUAGUUGGGGCAUACAAGCUUAUUCCAUUGGGAAAAGGCUUUCUCACUAUCAAAUUGGAUAAUGAAGUGGAUCGAAAUUACAUCAAAGCUGGACAAUGUGAAGUGAAUUAUCAAGUUCUCAGAUUAAGAAAUCGGGUAUCAAACUUUCGUCCUGCUAAUGCUAGAACAUCUGAAGCUCAAGUUUGGAUUCGCUUCCCUGGUUUGGGUCUUGAAUUUUGGAAGGAGAACAUUCUUUUUGAAAUCUGUAAUGAAAUAGGUACUCCAAUUAAGAUAGAUGUAGCUACUGCAAAAUGUGAGAUUGGAUAUUAUGCUAAUGUUUUGGUUGAGGUGGACUUUGCCCAACCAAUUCCUAGCAAAAUUUGGAUUAACACAAAAUUUGGAGGUUUCUUUCAAGAGGUGUUGAUUCAUGAGUGUCCUAAAUUCUGCUCCACUUGCAAAAUAGUAGGGCAUCUUGUUACUGAAUGUUAUAUGGAGAGAAAUAAAAACAAAACACCUGCUGCUAAUGUUAAUACUCAUAAAUCAUCUUCACAAGGUAUCAAUCCAUCUUUGCAGGUUACUCCUACAGUUAAUGAUAUUCCUUUUGAUAUUUGUAAUCCUGAUGCUAGAGAAGAAGAAGGUUUUGUGGUUAAAUCAAUAGAUGCAACAAAUACUUUAACUUCAAAUAGGGAAAACAUAUCUAUUAAUCCUAGAAGAUUUGAGUCUAUUGCUAAUAAACGAUCUGAACAAAGAGAAAAAGCUGUUAUUCAUGGAAGUUUCAAAAACUAUGGAAGUAGCAGAGCAGAAUUCUUUGCAAAAUACUGUUAUCAAAUUUGUUAA